GUUAGGGUUAGAUUACAAUUUCUAACCUGUUUUAUUUUGUUUUUUUUCUGAGACAGGGUCUCCCUCUGUUGUCCAAGGCUGGAGUGUAGUAGUGCUAUCGCAGCUGACUGCAGCCUCAACCUUCCAGGCUGAAACGAUCCUCCCACCUCAACCUCCCACGUGGCUGAGACUACAGGUGCUUGCCACUAUGCCCAACUAAUAUUUGGAAUUUUCGUAUACGUGGAUUCCAGAGGGGUGACAGCGAAACGUGGGACCAUCCAGUUGCAGGAAAACAAGCUUAACACGCCCACUGAUUCUACAUUAUGCUCCUACCUCCCGGCAGCCUCUCCAGGCCCAGAACUUUCUCCAGUCAGCCUCUACAGACCAAGCUCAUGACUCACAAUGGCCUAUUUAGGCCCAUACCCUACCUCACGGCAGUCUCCGCAGAUGAGGCUACUGCCUCACAACAGCCUCCACAGGCACAGCUCCAUCGUUACAAUGGCCUCUUUAGACCCAGCUCCUGCCUCCCAGCCUUCUCUCCAGGCCCUGAGCUUUCUCAAGUCGACCUCACCAGGCCCAGCUCAUGCUUCUUUGCAGCCUCUCCAGGCCCAGCUUCUGCAUCUUGGUGGCCCCUCCAGGCCCAGCCUCUGCCUCCCGUCGGCCUCUACAGUCCCAACAUCUGCCUCACAGCAGAUUCUUCACGCCCAGCAUCUGCCUCACUGUGGACCCCCCAAGCCAAGCUCCCAACCUUUCAGCAGCUUCUACACACCCAGCUCCUGCCACCCAGUGGCCUCUUUAGGCCAAGCUCAUGCUUCACAAGGGCCUUUCCAGGCCCAACUUUUGUCUCAUGGCAACCUUCCCUGGCCAGAUUCCUGCCUGUCUCCCAGCAGCCUAGACAGGCCCAGGUCUUGCCUCACACUGGCCUCUCUACAUCCAGCUUAUGCCUCACGGUGGCCUCUCCAGGCCCAACUCCUGUCCCAGGACGUCAUCUCCGGGCCCAAAACUUACUCAAGUCAGACUCUCUAGUCCCAACUGCUGCCUCCUGGUGGCCUAUGAAGGCCCAAAAUCUCCUCAAGUUGACCUCUCCAGGCCCAGCUCCUGCCUCCUGUUAGUGUCUACAGGCUCAACCUCUGCCUCAUGGGGGCUUCUCCAGGCCCACCUCUUCCUCUUGGCUUGGUCUACAGGCACAACUGCUGCCUCACAACAGCCUUUUUUGGCCCAGUUCCUGUCCAGCUCAUGGCAGCCAAUGUAGGCCCAAAACUUCCUCAAGUCAAACUCUCCAGGCCCACCUUCUGCUUCCCGGUGGCAUGAACAGGCCCAGCUUUGACUUGAGAACAGCCUCUGCAGGCCCUGCUCUUGCCUCCCAGGGGCUUUUUCCAGGCCCAGCUCUUGCCUCAUGGCAGCUGCCCCAGGCCAAAUUUCUGCCUGCCUGCCAGCAGCCUCAACAGGCACAGCUCCUCCCUCACAGUGGCCCAUUUAGGCCCAACUCAUGACGGUCGGGCCAUUUCCAGGCCUAGUGCCUGCCUCGUGGCUGACUCUUGAAGCCCAAAACUUCCUCAAAUCAGCCUUUUGCCCAACUUCUGUCUACUGUCGGACUCUACAGGCCAGCCUCUGCCUCACAGUGGACCCUCCAGACCCAGAUGGUGUCUCACUGUGGCAUCCUCAGGCGAAGCUCCUGCCUUUCGGCAGCCUCUCCAGGUCCAGCUCCUCCUGCCUCCCAUUGGCCUCUUUCGGCCCAGCCCAGCUCAUGCCUCCUGGCGGCCUUCCCAAGCCCCGCUUUUGACUUUCGGUGGCCUCUGCAGGCCUCGACAAGGCCCAGCCUCCUGCCUCCCGAAGGCCUGCACAGGCCCAGCCUCUGCCUCACAGCGGACUCUCCACGCCCAGCUAGCUGUCGCCUCACUGCGGCCUCCCGAGUCCAAAGCUCCUGCCUCUCGGCCGCUUCGGCAGGCCCAGCUCCUGCCUGCCAGUGGCCUCUUCAGGCCCAUGGGGCUCAUUCCUCACAACGGCCUUUCCAGGCCCAGUUUUUCCCUUCCGGCGGCCUCUCCGGGCCCAGAACCUCCUCAAGUCGGCGUCUCCAGACCCACUUGCACCCUCCGGGCGUCCUCUCCAGGCCCAGCUCUUCUUCCUCGUUGCGUCUCCAGGCCCGACUCCUGCCUCUCAACAACCUCUUUGGACUCAGUGCCUACCCAUCUCCUGGCGGCCUUGGUCAGCCCACAGCUUCCUCAAGCCAAGCGCCCCAGGCCCAGGUCAGGCCUCACGGUGGCCUCUCCAGGAUGAGCUCCUGUCCUCCGAUGGCAUCUCCAGGCCCCAAAUGGUCUCUGGUCGGUGGGCUCCUCCACGCCAAGCUCGGGCCUCCCGGCGACCGCUGCAGGCCCAAGUUGUCCUGAAGUCGGCCUCUCCUGGCCCUGCCUCCCAGCAAGUAAGCAAGCUCUUUUGGCUCAACUCCUGCCCAGCUCCCAACCGCCUUUGUAGGCCCCGAACUUUCUCCAGCCAAGCUCUGAGGGCCCACCUCCUGCCUCCUGGUGGCCUGUACAGGCCCAGCACUGGUUGGAGAACAGCCUCUGCAGGCCCCGCCCUUGCCUCCCAGGGGCCUCUCCAGGCCCAGCUCUUGCCGCCACGGCGGCCUCCUGGGGCCAAGUCCCUGCCUGCCUCCCAGCAGCCCACGUGCGGCCCAGCUCCUCCCUCACGGUGGCCUGUUGAUGCCCAACUCAUGCCUCUGGCACCCUGCCCAGAGGCGUGAGCCCCUGCCUCACACUGGCUCCUGCCACGCUGAGAGAGGUCAGCGUGAGCCCUUGCCUCACACCAGCCCCUCCCACGCGGACAGAGGUCAGUGUGAGCCCCUUGCCUCGCACGGGCCCCUCCCACGCUGAGAGAGGUCAGCCUGAGCCCCUGCCUCAACAGGCCACCGUGAGGGAGUAGCAGGGUCGCACGCGGGCUGCUGGGAGGUAGGCAGGGACUUGGGCCCGGGAGGUCGCGGUGGGGCGAGAGCUGGGCCUGGAGACUCCCCUGGGAGGCAACAGCGGGGUCUGCAGACGCCCGUCUCCAGCCGGAGCUGGGACUGUUCAGUCACUGGGAGAAGGGAUGUGGGUCUGAAGAGCUUGGUUGCAGAAACUUCGGGGUCUACAAACGCAGGCGGGAGCUGAGCUAAAAGAGCUUGUUUGCUGGGAGGCGGGAGAUGCAGCCAGGAGGAACAGCUGGGCCAUGCGGGAGGCGGAGGCCAGGCCUCCUCAAGUUGGCCUCUCAGACCCACUUGCAGCCUCCCGGCAUCCUCUCCGGGCCCAGCUCUUCCUCCCGGCUGCAUCUCUGGGCCGGACUCUGGGCCGACUCCAGGUCCCAACAACGUCUUUGGACUCAGCUCCUGCCCAGCUCCCAGCGGCCCUGGUAGGCCCACAACUUCCCUAAGCCAAGCUCCCCAGGCCCAGCUCAGGCCUCACGGUGGCCUCUCCAGGCUCAGCUCCUGCCCUCCGAUGGCAUCUGCAGGCCCCAAACGGCCUCCGGUCGGUGGGCUCCUCUAGGCCCAGCUUGGGCCUCCUGGCGGCCUCUGCAGGCCCAAGUCGUCCUCAAGUCGGCCUGGAAGUGGGCCUGGAAGAGCAGCAAGUCAGCCUCCCCGGGCCCAUCUCCGUCCUCUCGGCGGCCUCUCCAGGUGGAAAACUUCCUCGAGUCAGCCUCUCCAGGCCCAGCUCCUCCUGACUCCCAGUGGCCUCUUUCGGCCCAGCCCAGCUCAUGGCUCUCGGCGGCCUUCCCAGGCUCCGCUUUUGACUUUUGGCAGCCUCUUCAGGCGCAGAACUUGAUCUCCAGUCGGCCUUUGCAGGCCCGGCCUCCUGCCUCUCGAAGGCCUGCACGGGCCCGGCCUCGGCCUUGGCCUCACAGCGGACUCUCCACGCCCAGCUAGCUCUCACCUCACUGCGGCCUCCCCAGUCCAAAGCUCCUGCCUUUCGGCCACUUCGGCAGGUUCAGCUACUGCCUGCCAGUGGCCUCUUUAGGCCCAGCUCAUUCCUCACAACGGCCUUUCCAGGCCCCGUUUUUCCCUUCCGGCAGCCUCUUGGCCUCUAAUUUGUUUAUCUUUUGUGUAUAAAUCCCAAAAUAUUGAAUUUUGGAAUAUUUCCACCAUUAUAUAUUUUGGUAGGUAA